AAAGGGGCUAAAACGGAAAAGUAAAAAACACAAAAUCCCUUCGAAGAGAGAGAAACCCAAAGGGGAAAAAAGAGGAGAAUUGUCUGAAAAGAGGGGAGCUAGAGAGAGAAAGUGACUGAUCGGAAAAAAUGGAGGGACUAGAAGGACAAGGUUCAGGGCCACCGGCGGCGAGUCGUUACACUCUACAACCAACUCGAUUAGCAAGCGAAGACAUACUGUUCUGUGUAGAUGUGGACAACGAAUCACUUGUUGAAAUGAAGGUUGCGGCUGCCGGCGGUAGACCGUACACCAGGUUGGACUCAAUUAAGCAGGCAAUCCUUCUAUUCGUCAAUGCCAAGCUCACUAUUAAUCCAGAUCACCGUUUUGCUUUUGCUACUCUUGGCAAAUCCGCUUCUUGGGUUCGGAAAGAGUUUACUAGUGACAUUGACUCAGUAGUUUCUGCAUGCCGGGGUAUUGCAGUAGAUUCACCUUGUGGCCAUGCAGACCUUACUCAACUAUUUCGAGUGGCAGCUCAUGAAGCAAAAAAGACACGUGCACAAAAUCGGAUACUCAGGGUGGUACUUCUAUAUUGUAGGUCAUCUAUACCACCACAGCAUCAAUGGCCUGCUACCCAAAAGCUCUUCACUUUGGACGUAGUUUACCUUCAUGACAAGCCUGGACCAGACAAUUGCCCUCAAAAGGUGUAUGAUGCCCUUGUCGAGGCCCUGGAACAUGUCAGUGAAUACGAGGGUUACAUAUUUGAGAGUGGUCAGGGGCUUACUCGUGUCCUAUUCCGUCACAUGUGUACACUUCUUUCCCACCCUCAGCAACGUUGCGUGCAAGAUGACCUUGACAUUCCCAAGUCCCUUACAAAGAAGUCCUCUGACUCGGCACCAACUGAUGAAAAUGCUGUUGUUGUCUCUAGCCAAUGAUAUCAUAAGCAGUUGACUAAUCAAACCAACUCUCUAUAGUUGUACUGUUUCUAAUCCUUCUUGUUUUAGUGUUCUAUGGAGACGGAAACUAAUGUGGGUAGGUAAUCUGGUCAGUAUGUCACCCCCUACCCCCACCCCACCCCUCUUCCUUUCCAACUCCACUGCUUUCCUGUAUAGUAAUCAUUUUGUUGUGAAGUCUUAAGUCAGUCUAAGAAUACAAACGGAUCAGUGUUGAUGAGCUCUCUUCUUUUUUCCAUUGCAAAAUCAUCUGAUCUACUGUUGUUUCAAGGCCUUUAA